AUGGAAACUCCCACAUUUCUACUAGUAACAUUAUUACUAGUUCUUUAUGCCGAACGAGCACGGGCAGCCAUCCGCUGUGGGUACUGCGGCAAGACGCUGGUGGCCUACCCUCUGAGCACCAGACCGGAUUGUGGUGAUCAGGAUUAUAAAGUCAGGUGCAUUGCAAGCAGCCUCUGGUUCGAAUCCAUGUCAGGAGCGCAUUACCUGAUCACGUCCAUCAAUCCACAAGCCCAGCGGAUGAUCAUCCAGCCUCCAUCUGUAUAUCCAGGGACUUGCUUGUCACAAGAUUUUCAAAGUCAAGGCAUUCAAUUGGAUGAUUCACGCCCAUUCAACAUCACUGCUAGCAACACAAUUCUGCUGUUGAACUGUACUGAUAAUAUGCUGCACUUGCAAGUACCUAUAAACUGUUCCUCGAAUUGCCUUUGUCAUACUUACAUUAAUAGCACUCCGGUAGCCGCUGCAUGCAACAGGGUGACACUUUGUUGUUCUUUCAGAACUGGGGGUUCUCAGAAUGCGUAUAUUAUAAGGGUACAUCCAAAUGGGUGCAUGGCGUAUCAGAGUUAUGUGAAUUUGGAUUCUUCUUUAUCAUUUGCAAAGUGGCCUGCGCCGGGGUUGGAGCUUAUGUGGGCUACACCGCCGGAGCCGAUUUGCAAAACGCAGAUAGACUGCCGUGAUUUGCCGUUCUCUAAGUGCUCGCCGGAUCCCGCAGAUGGUAGACAAAAACGGUGCUUUUGGAAGAAAGGCCGGUACUGGGAUCCAGCCACCGGAUAUUGUCGAAAGUGUCGACAUGGAACAGGCUGCAAAUACCACAAGAACAAGACACCAGUAAUAGGAUCCGUGGCGGGUGUGUUUCUGCUUGUUGCCUUGAGCGGAUUUCUAAUAUUCAGACAGCGUCGUUACACCAAGAGAGCAGCUCGAAAUGUAUUAAUCAAGGAGCGUGAAGAAAUCUUGAAUGCGAAUAGCAGUGGAAAAUCAACCAAGAUCUUCACUGGAAAAGAUAUCAAGAAAGCAACCAAUGACUUCUCCAAAGAAAACCUGCUUGGCUCGGGGGGCUUUGGCGAGGUCUUCAAGGGCACUCUAGAAGAUGGUACUGAUAUAGCAGUUAAACGGGCCAAGCCUGGAAAUGCCAAAGCAAACUACCAGGUCCUGAAUGAAGUUAGGAUCCUGUGCCAGGUGAACCAUAGGAAUCUAGUAGCACUGAUUGGUUGCUGCGUCGAGCUUGAGCAGCCUCUCUUAAUAUAUGAAUACAUAUCCAAUGGCACACUCUUCGAUCACCUCCACGGGUUCCAUCUUCGCCAAUGGCCACCGCUUAACUGGCUGAGCCGCCUGACCAUUGCCCAGCAGGCAGCUGAUGGUCUUGCCCAACUGCAUUCGUCUGCUGUACCUCCCAUUUAUCAUCGGGAUGUCAAAACAACUAUUGAUUUUAACAGAGAGGAAGAAAAUGUGAACCUGGUGGUUUACAUGAAGAGGAUAAUGGAUGAAGAGAAGUUGCUGGAUGCUGUUGAUCCUGUGCUUAAAGAAGGGGCUAGUAAAGUGGGUUUGGAGACGAUGAAAGCGAUUGGGAAUCUUGCAGCAGCGUGUUUGGAUGAACGAAGGCAGAAUCGGCCUUCAAUGAAAGAAGUGGCUGAAGAGAUUAAAUAUGUAAUCAGUAUAGUUACAGGUCGACCCCAAGACAGGCUUGGUAUUGUGGCCAUUGCUGAUUAA